AUGCCUUAUAUUGAUAAUAAUGUUUCUCUUCCAUAACAUAUUAAGAGAUACGCGGGAAAAGCCAAUGUCAAUAUAUUAUAAUUUUCACUCUUAUUGUCAUUGUAGAAUGCAGGAUAACUAUUUUUAAAUAUUUUCAAACAAAUAUCAUUCACAAAUAUGUGCCUUUUAUGAUAUUGUAGAUGUGAAAACGUUUUUGGCGGCAACAGGUAAUUAUUCGAUUGGUUGCCAGUAAUUUGGCGCGAAGCAGAAGGAAAUUAUGGGUAAAGAAUGUAUACUUCUGGAAUACUUAUAGUUUACUCUGAGCAUUUGGUUGGUUUUCGUAGAGUGCUGACAACUUUUUGAAACUUGUAUUCUUUAUUCACUUUUCCUGUAAGAUUCGUUGAAUUUUACGAUGCCACUUCAAAUUUCAACAAAGGAAAAUAUUCGUAGACGUCUUGAAAAGUUUUCUUUGGAAGAUAACACUUCUCCAAAGAAAUUAUGUAUUUCUCCAAUUAUUUCACAAGAGAAUGGUAUCAAAAAUGGAACUAAAGCCAAAGAUGUAAAAAUGACAAUUUUAAAAGAAAAUGGAUUCAAUCCAGAAUUAGAACCAUUACUGAAAGAAAAUCCACGUAGAUUCGUUGUCUUUCCUAUUCAAUGGCCUGACAUUUGGCAAAUGUAUAAAAAAGCUGAAGCAUCAUUUUGGACUGUUGAGGAAGUGGAUCUUUCUAAAGAUGUAUUUGACUGGAAUCAUUUAACUAGUGAUGAGAAACAUUUCAUAUCUCAUGUCUUAGCAUUCUUUGCGGCUUCUGAUGGAAUCGUUAAUGAGAAUCUUGUCGAACGAUUUAGUCAGGAAGUACAAGUAACCGAGGCACGUUGUUUCUAUGGUUUUCAAGUCGCCAUAGAAAAUGUGCACUCAGAAAUGUACUCUAUGUUGAUUGAUACAUAUAUCACAGAUACCAAAGAGAGAGACUUUCUGUUCAAUGCGAUUGAAAAUUUACCAUGCGUUGCGAAAAAAGCUAACUGGGCAUUAAAUUGGAUAAAUCACGAGAGUGCCACAUUUCCUGAACGUGUGGUUGCAUUUGCUGCAGUGGAAGGUAUUUUCUUUAGCGGUAGUUUUGCCGCUAUUUUCUGGCUGAAAAAAAGAGGUUUAAUGCCAGGACUUACAUUUAGUAAUGAGCUUAUUUCUAGAGAUGAGGGAUUACAUUGUGAUUUCGCAUGUUUGAUGUUCAAACAUAUUGUACAAAAACCGUCUUGCAAUCGGGUCACAUCAAUUAUUAAAGAUGCCGUCAAAAUUGAACAAGAAUUUUUAACGGAAGCUUUACCUGUUCAAAUGAUAGGAAUGAACUGUACACUUAUGUGUCAAUAUAUCGAAUUUGUUGCUGAUAGAUUACUUACAGAAUUAGGCUGUGAAAAGAUUUAUAUGUCCGAAAAUCCGUUUGAUUUUAUGGAGCACAUCUCUUUAGAAGGUAAAACAAACUUUUUUGAAAAGAAAGUAGGAGAGUAUCAAAAAUGGGGAGUAAUGCAAGAUAAAGUUGAAAGCAAUUUUACAGUUAAUGCUGAAUUUUAAUUUACUAGAUGACAGUAAUAAGAAAAUUGACUAUCUCUCUUUUCUUUUUUUU